GGACAUGAUAAGAACUUGUGUCUUGGUGUAUGUAACAUGUUUUAAAUAUCUGUGCAUGCAAUGAUGUAUCGUAAUUCUCAUACUAAGCAAGAUUAUUGUCAAGGUGCAUUAGUUCUUGUCCUUCAUCAUCACUUGUGAUGUACAGUUUCCUAAUUUACCAAAAUAAACGUGCAUAAAUUAAAGAGCACAAUCGUCAAAUUAACAGCAGUCUGCUUCAUUUCAUCUUUCCUACUUGUCAUCAAAAUAAUCUGUGUUGAACCUGCAGCUACAAACCUGUUAAGCAAAUGAAAUCAAAUUAAUGAAGUCGUGACAUGAGGUGCUGAUUAUGUGGUGUGUGCACCUAAUGCUCGUGAUAUGAGGUGUGAGGUGAGCCAUCUUUUUUAAGAGAUAAUGAGCGAGAGAUUAUAACUGACAUAAAUUAAUGAAGAAAAAGUAGAACCUAUAUAUUUUCUAAAAGACUACUCAUGUAUUUGUUUAGUUCACAUAUUUUUCUUAUUUUUUUCCAAGCUAGGGUCAGACUUGAUCUGAAGUUUUCAGGUUGCGGGUUAACAGUCUGAAAACUAUAUAUCGUGCGACUUAAUAUCAUUUGUCUGUGGCUACAAAGACCGAUAUCUCGAGUUAGAUAAGACUGAUGGACGAUAAAACUCUCCCUUAAAUUUUUUAACACCAUUGCAUUAAAACCCAAAUCAUCUAAUUAAAUUUAAAGAAACUUUUACAUUUCAUCCAAGUGCGUGCUAUUGGGCACACACUCAAAUAUAUUUAUUAACAUUUUAUUUUUACCAGUAAAUAGUUUAGUUUAUAGUUUAUACUAUUCGUAUCGACAGAUAACUUUUUGAAAGAGAAUAAACAUAAAAUAUAUAUUUUCCAUCUAAAUAAUCUACAAUGUAAUAUAAUAAUAUAAAAAAAACCGUAUCUACGUGGACUUUUGUGCCGACCUAACAUUCCUUAAACUUUACAUUUUACACAUGUAAAGCAACCUAGGUACAGACAGAACUGCUAUUUUCAUAAUUUUAUAAAGAAUCUUACUUAAGGAAACUGAGAUUAGUCACAACACAAGAAAACUUAAAUCGCAUCCUCCUUCAACACAUAGAAACAGCCAUGUCUGAAGGUGAUGCAGCAUCUCGUGUAGGCUAUGCUCUUGAACCCAAGAAAGUUCACAGCUUCAUUCAACCCUCACUCCUCCAUUACGCCAAACAGAACGGUAUCGAUCUCAUACAAAUCGACCUCACCACACCCUUAUCCCAACAGGGUCCUUUCCACUGCAUCAUUCACAAACUCAACACCCAAAAUUGGAAGAAACAAUUGCAAGAAUUCUCAACCCAACACCCAAAAACAGUCAUCAUUGAUCCACCUGAGUUGAUAAAUCGUCUUCAUAAUCGUCUUACGAUGCUUGAAUCUGUGACCCAUUUGCAUCUUUCUAUUGAAAAUGAAAACUUCAUUGUCGAAGUUCCCAAACAAGUUGUUGUGAAAGAACCGAAAUCAUUCGAUUUAGGCGCAAUUGAGGAACUGGGUUUGAGGUUUCCUGUCAUUGCAAAACCUUUGGAAGCUAACAGCACUGUUGAUUCUCACAAUCUGUUUCUAGUUUUUGAUUUUGACGGUGUUAAGUCGUUGAAUAAUCCUAUGAUGCUGCAAGAAUUUACGAACCACGGUGGGGUUGUGUUCAAGAUUUACGUUGCUGGAAAGCAUUUUAAUUGCGUAAAGCGUAAAUCUUUGUGUGAUAUUUCUGAAGAGAAUAUGAAAACGGUUAAAGGGUCGGUGCCGUUUUCUCAAGUGUCAAAUUUGAGUGCUCAAAACUAUGAGGAAGGUGUUGAUGGUGAUGCUGUUGAUAUGGCUGAAAUGCCACCUCAGAGUUUGAUUGCUGAGUUGGCUAGUGGAUUAAGGGAAAGAUUGGGACUUAAUCUUUUCAAUGUUGAUGUGAUUAGAGAUGGUAAAAAUCCCAGAAGGUAUCUUGUGAUUGAUAUCAAUUACUUUCCUGGGUAUGCUAAAUUGCCAUCUUUUGAGCCUUUUUUCACCGAUUUUUUGUUGGAUGUUGUGCAACAAACUAAGACGGAUUAGGAAGAGCUUUGCCCCUCAAUGCGAUCCUAUCCGACUCAAGAGAUUAGUCGCGCGCAAAAGAUGCCGGAUUCUAGAAAUAAAUAGAAAACUAAGACUGGUUAGGUGAGUUUUCAAGCCAGACAGAGUAAUGAUGUUUUCCCCCAAAUUGACUAGUUGUCUUUGUUAUUUGUUAUGUUUUUCUGAGUACUGUUUUGGUUUCAAAAUAAGUGUUGUAUUGAUGAUAGUAAAUGCAUUGCAUUCAAAAAACAAAUAAAACAGUGAAAUAGCAUCAGCAUUAGUUUCUGAAUGGUGCUAGUCUUCUAGGCACCAGGCAGCAUCAUAUUCUUGAGAACAAUGAAUUCUGAAUUGCUCUGGCAUAUGGUUCUAUGCUUCUAUAAUCUAUACCUUAUGAAUAGUGUUUAUUCGGCAUAAAUAAUCAACAAUCACCAUGGAAUAAUUCGGCUA